UGCCGGUGCCGGUGCCGGUGCCGGGGUCGGGGGGUCGGCGGGACAUGGCGUCGCAGCGAGGCAGUCGGCCCCAGAACCGGAGCCCCCCGGGCAAGAAGGAAAAGACCUCUGAACGGCCCAGUUCAGCAAUUUCAGAAGAGCCCGAGCCUGAGCCUGAGCCCAAGCCUGAUCCGAAUGUUCUGCAAGGAGAGGAUAUCCAGGCACUUGCAAUUAAGGUGGAGGACCUGGAGAAAGUUCAUGCUCCACGCCUUCCCCAUGAUGCUGGGAGAAUUCCAGUUAGGAAGAAUUACCUCGUUCGAAAAUACCUACCCAAGGAGGUGACACAUCUUGUAGCACAUCCCGCUUCUCCCAAGGCACCCAGGCAACCACUGACUUUUCCUGGACCAAAAGAGUUUGCUGAUGGCUGCGAAGAGAUUCUCCCUCAUCACAUUUUGGGAAGUGUCCAGGAGUUUAAGAUGGAAGUCUGGGCCAGAAGAAGCACUCGGACAGCAGAUGUUAUUGAGGUUCCUCGUCCGGAUGUUACUGCAGCAGCUUUGAAAGAGAAACAUGGAGGAGAGAAGAAGCAAAAGGCUCCUCAGGCCCAACUAGCAGGGCACAGAGCUCUCCAGAACUGGAGCCAUCAUAUGGCAAUCAGGAAAAAGCAAGAGAAACACCUAGGAGAAAUUCUUCAGAAGCCAGAGAAUGAAUUGAUGAUGAACAUCGCGGAGAAUUACAGGCAAGUCAUGGAAGAAAGGGACCUCAUUGACCGGAGUCUCCCCUACCUCCAUCCUGGAAAGGGAUUCCGAGUAGGAAGCGAGUUCUGGAGCCAGCCCGACCAUAUUGGAGAUGAACUCACCGGCCUGAUGCUGACACUGACUCGGACGGAACGUGGGGACCGAGAGCCAAUCACUCAUGUGGGCAAACCCCGCACUGUCCAGAAGGAAACGGCUCUGAAGCCCCCAACGAAGAUUCCUUGCCAUCUAACCUGGGAUAAGAGUCUUUUCCUGAAACAUCGGCGGCAGGAGCUGAAAUCUGUCCUGGAGGAGCUGGGUUUUUAUAAGCCGGAUCUGGAAGGACUGGAGCUGAUUGGUAAAGGGCAGCCGUUCACGUCUGUCUCAGCAGAGGCUUCUCCAUGUUCCACUUCUCCAUGUUCCACUCCUCCUGAAGAGAUUGACAGUGACUCCUGCAACGUGGCUCCAGAAGAAGAAAAGCAUCUAUCUUUAGUUUUCUGUGGCAAGCCUGCUCGUUGGAUCAAGGGCAUGACUUCUUGCAGGAAUGAAAUUGGUGUUGCUGCCCGGCUCACCUUCGAGACUCUGGCUGGUGAGGAGGCCGAAAGCUUCCUCACGGUGAGCAAUGAUGGCACAGCUGCCAUCUGGUACAGCUGGAUGAGGCUGCCCCAGCAGAUUCCCUCCAGAGAAACCAAGGGGAGGAGGAUGCCAUGUUUUUACUUUGAUACCAGACCAGGUGUAAUUUUGCCUGGAGAAACUCGGAGGUUUUCCUUUCUUUUCAAGUCAAGGAGAGCAGGCAUUUUCAGUGAGCCCUGGGAAUUUAGGACACAUCCUCUGUUAUUAGGAGGAGCUCUGCUGCAGGUGACCCUUUGGGGAAUUGCUGUGUAUGAGGAUAAAUUGGCUGACUUCAGAGAGAAUCUGGAGAGUGACCUGGCUGCUCGAGAAGGUGCUGCUAUAGUCAAAGACAAUCUCAGUGAACUUCUAGACCAAGUUCGGACCCCAGAGCGCACCCCAUCUCCUGCCUAUGCCACCGAGGAAGAGUUGUUCCACAGGAAGAAUCCCGGGUUUUAUUAUCAGUAUCAAGUGGUAAAGCAGCUGCACAAACUAUGGAGACAGUACAUGACUGUGCCUUCAGCCUUCGAGGAGAAAGUGCCCUCAGACCAGAGGAGCACUGCAGAGGAGGACACGGAGUACCAGGAGAGCACUGUGGAGCCUCUCCCUGCUCAGAGCAGCACCACGGAGCUCCCAGGUGGGAAGAAAUCACUAGAGGAGGCUCUGAGGCAAAAGAUGAGCAUUGAGGAGGAAGAAGCAGGCCCGUCAGGAUGGAACCUUUCCCUUGAGGACUUUAAACAGGCCAUAAUGUCAAUCCCUGGGGAAGAGCAGCGGGAAGAAGCACUGACCCAGCUCAAUAAGGCAGCUCUGGAGCUGUGUGUUGAACAGAGGCCAGUUCAGUCAGACCUUCUGUAUCCACUCUGCCUCCAGCUGUGGCGGGGAGCAGUUGAUGAUAUGGUGAGUCACGCUCUGAGGCUGAGAUCCCUGUAUGGCUUGCUUAAGAAGGACACCUAUGCAGAUGCUGUUCCAGAGGAAACAGAGGAAGUAAAGCAAGGAGGAGAAAAAAAAGGAGGAAAGGAAGACAAAAUAGCCACUAAGAAAGAAGAGAAAAAGGAUAAAGAACGCAAAAAAAGUAGAGCGACACCAGGGAAAGAGAAAGUGGAACAUCAGGGCAGCAGAAAGCUGAAAGCGAAAGAUGAGAAGCGGACACCUUCCAUUGCAUCAGUGAAGGUGAAAGAGGGAGCAGAGCCCCCAAAAGUAAAAGAUGAGAAGCGGGUAUCUGCUGCUUCAUCACUGAAGGAGAAAGAGGGAGCUGUAACUACAGAGGGAGUAGAACCUCCUCAGGAGCAGGUGGACUCUGUUUCAUUUGGAAUAUACCAGGAAAAACUCUAUAUUGAAGUUUACAAGCUGCUGGAUUCAAUGGUGAGUGAAAUGGUGUCUUUAUUUGAGGAUCUAAAGCAAUAACGUGCUCUGUAGUGGGAGAGCUGAAACCCUUUGCAUGUAGAAAUAGCUUUAAAAAAAUAAAUAAAUAACCAUAUUUACACAGA